AUGGCUCAACCUCACAGGAAGGCUGUAUUAAAUCUUUACAAAACGCUGUUGUACAUGGGACGUGAUUGGCCUCAGGGUUAUGACCUCUUUAGAAAACGGUUACAUAAAGUAUUCUCAAAAAAUAGUGAAGAAUCAGAUCCAAACAAAGUCGCCACUAUGAUUAAACAUGGAGAUUUUGUAGUUAAAGAAAUUGAAGCUCUGUAUAAAUUAAAAAAAUAUAGAACAUUAAAGCGAAGAUAUUAUGAUGACAAUUGA